CAUCCAUCCUCCGGCCAUCCAUCCCGUGGCCAUCCAUCCCCCGGUGAUCAUCCGGGCCGGGGAAGGGCCCCCCCGCCAGCGGCCCCCGCCCCGGGGGUGUCUCCCCCAGCCCUCUCCUGGCCCUGGGAGCCUCGGAAGCCUGGAUCCCGCGGUGCGGACACGCCCAUGAGUCGGCCGCAGGUCUCCAGUGGAGUGACUGAACUUCCAGGAAGCCAGCGCAGUGGGAGAAAGGACUAGUUGGUAACCAUGACGACAGAGACGGGCCCUGAUUCCGAGGUGAAGCGCGCCCAGGAGGAAUCCCCCCCGCAGCCGCUCCAACAGCCGCUGGAAGCCGCGGCAGUGACCACCCCGUUGCCCGCCGCCGACCACCCGGAAGCCAACUCCAACGAGAGGCAAGGGAGCCAGCCCGAGCCCCGGCAUGCGGAGCAGGGCCUAGACAUGGAGGAGAAGGAUUACACCGAAGCUGACGGGCUCUCGGAGAGAACCACCCCCAGCAAGACGCAAAAGUCCCCCCAGAAAAUUGCCAAGAGGUUCAAAAGUGCCAUCUGUCGAGUCAUCUUGCUGGACGCUUCGGAGUACGAGUGUGAAGUGGAGAAGCAUGGCCGGGGCCAAGUGCUGUUUGACCUGGUCUGCGGGCACCUUAACCUCCUGGAGAAGGACUACUUUGGCCUCACAUUCUGCGACUCAGACAGCCAGAAGAACUGGCUGGACCCGUCCAAGGAAAUCAAGAAGCAGAUCCGCAGUGGCCCCUGGAACUUUGCCUUCACUGUCAAAUUCUACCCCCCAGAUCCAGCCCAGCUCACUGAAGAUAUCACAAGAUACUACCUGUGCCUGCAGCUGAGGGCCGACAUCAUCACGGGGCGUCUGCCGUGCUCCUUCGUCACCCACGCCUUGCUGGGCUCCUACGCCGUGCAGGCUGAGCUGGGGGACUUCGACCCGGAGGAGCAUCUCGGCAACUACGUCAGCGAGCUCCGCUUCGCCCCCAACCAAACCAAAGAGCUGGAGGAGCGGAUCAUGGAACUGCACAAGACCUACAGGGGCAUGACGCCUGGAGAAGCAGAAAUUCACUUCCUGGAGAACGCGAAGAAGCUCUCCAUGUAUGGAGUCGACCUGCACCACGCCAAGGACUCGGAGGGGAUCGACAUCAUGCUGGGCGUGUGUGCCAACGGGCUCCUUAUCUACCGGGACCGGCUGCGGAUCAACCGCUUUGCCUGGCCCAAGAUCCUCAAGAUCUCCUACAAGAGAAGCAACUUCUACAUCAAGAUCCGCCCGGGGGAGUAUGAACAGUUUGAAAGCACCAUCGGCUUCAAGCUCCCCAACCACCGCUCCGCCAAGAGAUUGUGGAAGGUUUGCAUUGAGCACCACACAUUCUUCAGGCUGGUAUCUCCGGAGCCCCCGCCCAAGGGCUUCCUGGUGAUGGGCUCCAAGUUCCGCUACAGCGGGAGGACGCAGGCCCAAACCCGCCAGGCCAGUGCCCUCAUCGACCGGCCCGCGCCUUUCUUCGAGCGCUCCUCCAGCAAACGGUACACCAUGUCCCGCAGCCUGGAUGGAGCCGAGUUCUCCCGCCCGGCGUCGGUCAGUGAAAAUCACGACUCGGGGCCUGAGCUGGAGAGGCGGGAGGAGGACGGCGAGUACGGCCGCUGGACCAGGACUGGCGUGGAGGAGGAGGAGGAGGAGCUCAAGACCCCCACCAAGAUCAAGGAGUUGAAGCCGGAACAGGAAACCACACCGCGGCACAAGCAGGAGUUUCUAGACAAGCCCGAGGACGUCCUGCUGAAGCACCAGGCCAGCAUCAAUGAGCUCAAGCGGACCCUGAAGGAGCCCAACAGCAAGCUGAUCCACCGCGAGCGUGACCGGGAUCGGAGGCUGCCCUCCCCGGCCUCCUCCUCACCUAAGCAUGAAGAGGGGACACCUGAGAAGGCGUACGAGCCCCAGAAGAUGGAGGACCGCUCACUGGAGGACUCGGCCCCCGAGGCAGAAGCUGCCUUAGCCUUGGAAUCCUUCAUCCAGAAAAGCCUGGUGUCUUCUCCUGAGGGAUCGGAGCAUUGGGUACUUAUAGAGAGAGAAUGCUCUAGGCCAGAAGAGUUCCCUCUUAAAGACACGAACACCAGCCAGGUGGAGGAGCCGGUACCGGGGACUAAAGAUGACGUCCCCCGUGGGAGCUUCUCUAAGGUGGACAUUCGGGUGGACAAGUUCAAAGUCGAAAUAGCGACGGAGGAGCUGGUGGGAAAAGCAGAAAGCCAGCAUAGAGGGAGGGUGAUUGCCAGCCCAGAGGAUUUUGAGUGCAUGUGGGAAUCUGAAACAAAUGUCAGGAAAGGUGAAGACAAGAUCCCCUCCCAGGCAGAAGCCGGGGACGGGGAGAGAGCCCGGGACACCCAGCCGUCAGCCGGGAAGGAAGAUGCCACUUUCAGUGAGCGGAGGGCUUCCGCUGGCCAGGUUGAAGGCCUGACUGAACUAAGGAAAGAGAUUGAAGAUUUCCAAGCCUGUGGAAGACCGAAACGUCCCCGUUCUGGGUCAGGGUCCCUUCGGGAGUCACCUGAAACUCCACCAGAGGAAUCCGGAUCUACAUUUCGCCCCUCGGGCCAGGAGAGACUGAAAAAUUCCUCCUUGGACUCAGACGGUGUGAAAACCACAGCAGAUUCGAGGGACGAAGCCGAAUCUUCUGCUGCAGAGAGGAACUUCUUCUCCUUCAGCUUUCUGGAGAAAGAUAGAGGGGGUCUGGGGCCACCCCCGCCGCCUCCUCUCCCGCAGGAGAAAGGAGCAGGGUCGUGGCGGCCCGACAGAGGAGCUCGGAAAUCCAAAGUAGAGCAUUCGGGCGAACCGAGGACAGUGUCCAAGCUUAGUUUCAUAGACCAACGGGCGUCCGUUGGGGCCUUUCGAGAGGGGAAAGAUGAAUCCCCUGGAGAGGAGGAGCCUUCUGGUCCACGUACAGUCGUCGAUGGAUCCCAAGUCAUUUUUGAGCGAAUGAGGAAGAGACGGAGCUCAAGUCCCAGUGACGCCCGGGAGGGAGAAAGCUCUCCCGUGAGAGUAGAAAGAGGAGGAGGAGAGCUUACCAGCCCAACGGAUGAAGGAUCUGGAGAGGGAAAGGACCUGUGGACAGGCCCUUCGGCAGAUGGUUUCGUGGAAGGGGUUCUGGGAAGGUCCCCACCCGGGCUCCGAGACGGCCGCCUGGGUGAAGGAAGCGACGUCGGACUUCCCCGGGCGUCAGGUCAGAGAGCCAGUGCCUCGGUUGAGGCCGGGCGAAAGUGGUCCCAGCUACACGAGCCCAAAGAGAGAGGACCGGGUCAGGCUCCAGAGGCAGGGAGGGAAGAAGCGGAAGACACGGAGGGCUCGAAAAUGUUCCUUCAGAUGGAAGGGAUCGAACUGAAGCCCUCUGCCCUGGCUUUCCCAGCGUCCCCCCGGAGCCCAGGAGCUGUAGAAGAGGAUCACAGACACUCGGGGCCAUCUGGAGCUCAGGGCCGACCCAGAGAGGGAUCCCGGUCCGAAGAGGAGCCUGUCGAAUUUCUGAAGUGUGUCCGCCCUCCGAAAGGAAGGAAGGAGUCAGAGGAGAGACCGCCACCGACCAGCGCCUCAGGAUCGGAAGCGGAAAGGGGAGCGUGUGUCCCCAACGGGAAACGAAGAGCGGAGCCCAAGCAGCCCCGGUGGGCCACAGUGGGAAGCCCCCAGAUUAUCCCGGAAGCGCCUGGCUGGUCUCAGCCGUUCCGUGCCGGAGGGCAAGAGGGUUCCCUGGAAGACAUCAGCAAGACGUCAGUGGCCAAUAAAAUUAAGAUAUUUGAGCGCGGUGGCGAGAUCUACGUCUCCGACCACCCGUUUCUGGCUCAGGGCGAGGCGUGGUCUGGGGCCCGGAUUUCGGAGCAGGGCUUCGCCAGGCAACAGCCGGUCCGUGGAGAUACCCCGGACCCCAGAAUGCCAGGGCGCCCGGGAACGAAGCUGACCGGCAGAGCCGCAGCCGUCCGACCAGGAGCCGAGUCCCCGAAGGAGGAGGAUGAUGACAAUCCCCGGGACGGGGAAGAGGAUCCGGAACUCGCCUCCCCCGACUCUGGCUGCGAGAUCACGCUGGCGGAAGCCAGGAGCCAAUCUCAAGAGCCCAUUUGGGAAGAAAAGGACUUCUCUGGCCCGUCAGCAGGGACGGUCACCCCGAAGGAAGGGAGCACCACGUCUGCCGGCUCUUUUGCUUCCCAGAGAGGCGGGCUGAGGGAGGGCUCGGAGGAGAUAGUGAAGCCGCCCCGGUCCCGGGCCCCAGACAGCGACCCUGGGGACGAGGACCAGGAGCAGGAGAGGGACUCGGUCUUCCUGAAAGACAACCACCUGGCCAUAGAGCGCAAGUGUUCCAGCAUCACGGUCAGCUCCACGUCCAGCCUGGAGGCGGAGGUGGACUUCACGGUGAUCGGGGACUACCCCGGCUCGGCCUGCGAGGAUUUCUCCCGCAGCCUGCCUGAGCUAGAUCGAGACAGGAGCGACUCGGAAGCUGAGGGGCCGGGCUUCUCCCAGGACCUGGACAAGGCGGCUCCUGGCCGGGAUGAGGAGACCAGGGCAGCCUGGGAAGUCCCAGAUGGGGCGACCCACGCGGCCUUCGAAAUGCCCCACUUUGAGUCCGUGAAAUCGGAAACGGUGACCGUCAGCUCCUUCGCCAUAAGGAAGAAACUGGAUUCGGAGUCCAAGGCGCAGGCGAGAGUCACCAGUGUGGAUACGGCCCAGGUUGAUGGGAUUGGAAAAGAAAUGAUUAGUUCACACACUGUUAUCACAGAAACUGUAUCAGCUGCUUUGGAUCACAGCCUCAAGCCUGGGAAGGGAGCGACAGCCAUGGCCCCGGGCUCCCAAGCUGUUAUGACGGACAUCCGUUCUCUCUCUCCGAUCAUCGGGAAAGAUGUUCUCACCAGCACCUAUGGAGCCACAGCGGAAACCCUCUCCACUUCUACCACUACCCACGUCACCAAAACUGUGAAAGGAGGAUUCUCCGAGACAAGAAUAGAGAAGCGGAUCAUCAUCACGGGAGAUGAAGAUGUCGACCAAGACCAGGCGCUGGCUCUGGCCAUCAAAGAGGCAAAACUCCAGCACCCUGACAUGCUGGUAACCAAAGCUGUAGUCUACAGAGAAACAGAUCCAUCUCCAGAGGAAAGGGACAAGAAGCCUCAGCAGGAAUCUUGACCUCCGGGCUGAGAUGUUCAAACCCAACUGGGAGAACAAUGAAGAAAAGGGGCUUCACGCUGGAUUCCUCAACUAGACACAGACGACCCCGGCUGCGACGUUAGUCACGGAUGAGAGACUAAAAAAGGAAAAGCAGAUAUAUAUAUAGAUAUAUAUAGAUAUAUAUAUAUAUACAGGAAACAAAAUGCAUCCUUACACCGCUGCCAGAGCUGGAGAAGAAUUAAUAAACCAACAGCAAAGCAAGCCAACCAACCGCCAACUUUCGCCUUUGCAGACAAAUGAACAGAGUGAUGGGAUUAGCCAGAAAACCCCCCUCAAAGCAAGCCAGGCCACAGUACUGCUGUAGCAGUGCUAUAAGUCACCGGUUCUGCAUGUCGUAGUUAAGGGACCCGCAAUUCAUUCAUUCCUUUUCCAACGUGUGUCACACACUGGAACUACAAGGAGAACGGGUUGCCACAAAGCAAACAAAGUAGCAGCAACGAGCAAAAUCAAACGUUUCAUAAAGAAAGACAGAGAGAGAAAAAAAUAUUCCCACAUAGAAAAGGAGAGAAACCCACUGAAUUAUUUUCUGUGCUGAUUGGUUUGGGAUUUUGGGUUGUGGUUUGGGUUUCUUUUUAAUUGUGUUUUUUUUUUUUUUCCGGUGGUCCUAGCCUUGGACUGCAUGGCUCAGUCCGCAUCUGAGUCCCCCUCCCCUUCCACCCAUCCCACCCCCAAUGCAAAUUUUGUUCCGGUUUGUCUGUUUUCUUUGCCCCCUUCUGUCCUCUCUGUUCCCCCAGCCCGUUUCUCUGUUCUGCUGAAGGUCAUCAGAGAUGACUCAAGUUUGAAACAAGAAAAAAAGUGUCGUGUGUUCCCCCCCCCACCGCGUCCCUCUCACCUCCCAAAAAAGAACGAGUGCCCCCCCCCCCCAAAAAAAAAGAAUGAAUACUGUGUGUAUAUGGUUUCCCAUUAUAAAGAUGCAGCCUGUUGGGGGCUUAUUCGGAUGUGCUUGAAGUUAUGUAUACUAUAUAUAACAGGACAAAACGAUAUUAAACUAAACAGUGCUGGUAAGUAUGAUGCAGACAUUUAAAAAUUCUAUUUGGUUGACCGUGGUUGAUGUAAUUCUGAGAUUCCUAGAUCCCACUGAGAUCCCCAUCCCCACGAGGACAGACUCAGGCGCGAGCCGGUUUUCGUCCCGGUCCCCGAUGGGGUCGGAGUAGUGAUACAGUGUGUGGUGUUUGUACUUGGUUGGUCGGUGGUG